AUGUCUGCCACCGAACAACGUGAAUCCGGCCCUGGCCCAGCUGAGGAGAACCUAACUGAGAACUUCGGUCGCGUCAGCGUAAACGAUCAAGCCGAAGCUGAGGCUCCUCCAAAGACCGAAGAAGAGUAUGCUCAGUCGAUGCUGACCCUGCGCGCCAUCGUUUCCUCCAAGGAAGCCGGUGUCAUCAUUGGGAAGGCGGGGAAAAACGUUGCCGACCUGCGUGAUGAGACUGGUGUAAAGGCCGGUGUUAGCAAAGUCGUGCAAGGUGUACAUGACCGCGUUCUCACCGUUACUGGCCCUCUCCAAGGCACUUCAAAGGCAUACUCGAUCGUGGCGAAGAGUCUACUAGAGGGUGCUCCCCAGAUGGGCAUGGGUGGAGUGGUCCAAAACAACGGCACACACUCUGUUCGGCUCCUCAUCUCACACAACCAGAUGGGCACCAUCAUCGGGCGACAGGGACUGAAGAUCAAGUACAUCCAAGAUGCCUCCGGAGUCCGUAUGGUUGCUCAGAAGGAAAUGCUACCCCAGUCCACCGAAAGAAUUGUCGAAGUCCAAGGCACCCCAGAAGGAAUUGAAAAGGCCAUUUGGGAGAUUGGAAAAUGUCUGAUUGAUGACUGGCAACGCGGCACUGGCACUGUCCUCUACAAUCCUGCCGUUCGGGCUUCCGUCGGCUCCGGCCCUGGCCAAGGCCCUGUUGCUGGAUCUAACCCUAGCUAUGGAGGAAGUAGCCGAUCGUAUAACCGUACCGGAAACGGUGCUGACUUCAGCGACCACCCAGGCAGCUAUAAUCGACGUGGAAACAAUGACAACCCAAACCGCGGCAUUCCCCUGGUGACAGAGGAUGGUGAGGAGGUUCAAACCCAGAAUAUCAGCAUCCCCUCUGACAUGGUCGGCUGCAUUAUCGGUCGUGGUGGUACCAAGAUUAGUGAGAUCCGACGAAGCUCUGGGGCACGAAUUUCUAUCGCUAAAGCUCCCCAUGAUGAUACUGGGGAGCGCAUGUUUACGAUCAUGGGCAGUGCCCAAGCAAACGAAAAAGCGCUUUACCUUCUCUACGAAAACCUUGAAGCUGAGAAGAUGCGCCGCAGCCAGCAGCAGCCAGAGUAA